UCGUACAGUUUGUAACGUACCUACCAGGUUGCAUAGAUUCGUUUGUAAUAGUGUAGUUUGUUUCGAAACGGUUCAGUGUCGUUUUCACUGUUAUAUAUUCAUGCGUUCUGUUUCGGUGAAAGGAAGAAGUUCAAGUUUUUCGCUCUCGAGUGUUUCAAGGGCAGAAAGUCUCUUGUUUGUGUAUACGAAAUAAAUAGCAUUCGGAAAUAAUCGAGUGCGUAGAUCAGUCUGUCAAGUCAGAGUGACUAGAGAUGAUGGACCAAGGAUUUCCGGGGCAACAUACCACGACAACGACUGUGACAUCGACGACAACUACUACACAACCAAAUAUUCGAUUUGAUACAUCCUAUACAAGAACAAGGCCUGGUAUUCUUAAAAUCGCGCAAGUGGCUUUUAAUCUGCUGGGAUUCAUAUGCAUCACAGUAUCGAGCCAAAGCAACUCGAGUCGCGGAGCAUGGUUCAAUACGGUAGCCAUGGCUGGUUUUUGGUUCACAGGAAUACUACUUGUUUUUUACCUGUUCCAUAUCGUCGAAAAGUUUUCAAAAAUUCCUUGGUUGAAAGUUGAGUUCAUAUUUUGCACAAUUUGGACAGCCUUCUAUUUGCUGGCCGCUGCGCUCGCGGCAGACUAUGCUAAAUACGUAGAAUCUUUUGGAGCAGCUGCUUUCUUUGGAUUCUGUGCUAUGGUAGUUUAUGGCUACGACGCAUGGCUGAAGUUUCAAGCAGUGAAGAGAGGUACCUUAGCGCAGGGCCAGCAAACGCCUAAACAAAUCUCCACAGUGACGAGUCCAGCGUAUUAACUUUAAUCCGAAUAGAAAAUAGUUGGUUGGGCCACGUUUGAAGCAUAUUGUUGCUUUUAUGCAUUGGAUUUAUUUCGUUAAAUGUUACGUACGUUUCUGGUUAUACCGUUCGAACGUAACAUACUAUACAUAAGAACAGGGCACAACGGAUUUGUCAAAUUCAUAAUGAUUAAUUUUGCUAUUUUUGUCGAUGUACGUAAGCAUUCGUGUACGUACAUAUCUAUAAUCUCACUCGAGCACGACAUUCGAUAAUAUCAUACCGUUGUACCAUAAAGAGACGAUAUAUAUAUAUAUAUAUGUAUAUAC